GAUAAGAAAAAGUGGUAGCACAUGCUAGUGGGCCGCUAAUGUCAAGUAUUGGUUGUGGUGGUGGAUGACUACUGCACAAUGAGACCUGAUUUGAAUAUCUAAGCUAUUUACCUUUCAUUAAUCAAAAGAAAAAGAGAACAAAUUUGAUAUCUUUCAGUUAUGCUGAAACUGCAAUGUUCAGAAUCAGCAACUGAAAAUUAUAGUUAUGAUGUAUUUUUGAGUUUCAGUGGUGAAGAUACUCGCAAAACGUUUACGGAUCACCUUUAUAAAGAACUAAAAGAUGAAGGACUUAUCACUUUCCGAGAUGAUGAAGAGAUUCAGAGGGGAGAGAGUAUCAAGUCUGAACUGGAAAAUGGUAUCCAGCAGUCAAGAAGCUGGAUCGUUGUCUUCUCAAAGAACUAUGCAUUUUCGAGUUGGUGCCUUGAUGAACUUGUGUUGAUUCUUGAGUGCAGGAACAACUCGAAACGUUUUCUAUUGCCUAUUUUUUACCAUGUUGAUCCGUCUGAUGUUCGCAAACAAUCUGGUUGUAUAUCUGAAGCAAUAGAUCACCAUGAAGAGAAAUUCAAGAGGGAGGUGGAUGAGACAAAAAGGAAGAAUCUGAUGGACAAAAUAAAGCGAUGGAGGACUGCUCUUACUCAGCUUGCUGAUUUGGCAGGCAUGCCUUUGCAAAACGUAGCCAAUGGGUAUGAAUCAAAACUUAUCAAGAAAAUCGUUAAAGUAGUCCAGGAUAAAGUGACAUGUAAGAAGACCUUAAGUAUGACACAACAUCCUGUUGGAAUUGGUCCUUUAGUACGGCACAUCAGUUCAUGGUUAAGAAAUGGUUCCACGGAUGUGGAAGUGUUUGCACUCUAUGGCAUUGGAGGAGUGGGAAAGACAACCAUUGCCAAAUGCGUCUACAACAUGAACCUCGGACUAUUUGAAGGCCACAGUUUUCUAGAAAACAUAAGAGAAUAUUCUGAACGUUCUGAUGGUUUAGUGUGUCUACAAAGACAACUUCUUUCAGAUAUUUCCAAGGGAAAGACUCCGAAGAUAAAGAAUCUUAAUGAUGGCAUUCUUAAGAUAAAAAGAUCCCUUCAUAAUAGAAAACUUCUGAUAGUCUUGGAUGAUGUGGAUCACGUUGAACAACUAAAUGCAAUAUCUGGGAUGCGCGAGUGGUUUUACCAGGGAAGCAAAAUUAUCAUAACCACUCGGAAUGUGCAUUUGCUUAAUGCAUAUGAACAUUGUAAGAGAUAUGCUGUAGAAACAUUGAAUUCCAAUGAUUCAUUGCAGUUGUUCAGUUGGCAUGCAUUCCAAGAAAGUCACCCUCCGGAAUGUUACAUAGAGCACUCAGAGAGGGUAAUAAAGCAAUGCCAGGGUCUUCCUUUAGCUCUUAAGGUUCUAGGGGCUUCUCUACGUGGCAAGAAGGUAGAUGUCUGGAGGAGUGCGAUGGAAAAAUUGAAUAUCAUUCCUCACUGUGAAAUCCAGAAGAUUUUGCGAAUUAGUUAUGAUUCUUUGCAAGAUGACCAUGAUAGAGAUUUAUUUCUGGAUAUUGCAUGUUUUUUUACUGGAGAGCCCAAGUGUUUUGUGGUUCGAAUACUAGAUGGAUGUGAUUAUUACACAUUAAUCGGAAUUGAAAAUCUUAUUGAUAGAUGUUUGCUGAAGACUGAUGAAUAUGAAAAUCUUAUGAUGCAUCAAUCAAUUCAGAGCAUGGGUAGAGAAAUUAUACGUCAGCAAUCACCAAAAGAUCCUGGGCAAAGGAGUAGACUGUGGCAUUGUAAAGACUCCCUUAAAGUAUUAAAAGAUGAAGCAGGCACCGGAGCAAUUGAAGGUCUGGCACUAGAAAUGAAGACAACUAAAGCAUAUCAGGCAGAGUUGGGAACAAAAGCUUUUUCGAUGAUGCACAAGCUGAGACUGCUUAAGCUGAAUAAUGUACAACUAAGUGGAGGGUACAAGAACUUUCCUAAAAAUUUGAAAUGGUUAUGUUGGCAUAAAUAUCCUUUAAGGUCCUUACCGGUUGACUUCCCUCUGAGCAGCUUGGUGGCAAUUGACAUGCAGAGUAGUAAACUGCAAACCUUUAAUCAAGGAAACGUGCUUCUUGGAUCAUUAAAGUUUCUAAAUCUAAGCCACUGCAAUGGCCUUGUGAAAACCCCAGACUUUGCAAGACUUUGCGCUCUUGAACAAUUGCUCCUUGAAGAUUGUGCAAGUUUAAUUGAGAUUGACGAAUCUAUUGGAAUGGCUGAAGGACUUGUGUUGAUAAAUUUAAAAGACUGCAAACUUUUGAAAAAGCUUCCAGAAAAUUUAUGCAUGCUGAAGUUACUAGAAACACUAAUCAUAUCAGGUUGUUCAAAUGUUGGUAUGUUUCCGGCGGAUAUGAGAAAGAUGGAAUCAUUGAAAAAUUUUCAUGCUGACGGACUCAAUUUCGGUAAUUCAUCAGAUGGACUUGAAAGUUAUACAAAUCAAAAUAAUUCAUGGCGAGAAUUCAUCUGGGGCUUGGUUUCAAGGCCAAGUGCAAGCCCCAAAUUGUCGUUGACUUCUUUACCAUUCAACUCCAUUACAAGAUUGAGUCUGGUAGAUUGCAAUCUACAAGAUAGUUCAUUUCCCAAGGAUUUCGGUGUCUCAACCUCACUUGAAUACUUAAACUUGAGUCAGAACCCAAUCCGCUUUCUACCUGAUUGCUUUAAAGGUCUAGAAGUGAUCAAGUCUCUCAAAUUAUGGAAGUGCAACCAGCUUCAAACACUUGAAGGAUUACCAAAAAUAAAACUUCUUAAGGUUCGAUGGUGCCAGUUAUUGGAGAAAAUCACGUGGAAGCCUGGUCAGUGUAUUAAUACUUUUUAUGCUCCGUUAAACUGUGAGAAAUUACUGGAGAUGGACUAUUACUUCAAGAUUGUACCAAUAGAUGAGAUAGACCCAGAAUUGAUCAGCAAUUGUGGUAUUUGUGAUGUGGAAUCCAUGAAAGUUAUCCACAUUAGAUUAUACAAUGAAUUGACCGCUGCCGAAACACGAUUAUCAAUCCAGGGAGUACACGAAUUUCCAUUUUGGUGUAAAUCAUUAAACAUAUUUUACCCUGGGAGCAGUGUUCCAACAUGGUUCACUAGUCAAAGUUACGGGCCUUCAUUAUCCUUUAUGAUAUCACAUUCUAAACUUAGAUACUUAAACACUUGCAUUGUGUACAAAAUGAGCCCGGGUCGAAGAAUGAGGACUUUCUGCCUGGUAUUCCAUAACAUGACCAAAGAUAAAGUGAUUGUGUAUCAUCCAAUCUGUUGGGGCAUCCCUGAAGGUGAUGGAUAUAUGACUUGGAUAUGCCACUGGAAAUUAGGUACUCACGAGGUGGGACCUGGAGAUGAUGUCAAGAUUUCAAUAGUUAAGUACGAUGAUGAUUCCUCUUUUAAGUUGAAAGAGAUUGGCGUCUAUCUUGUGUACGAAGAGCAAGAACAGGAAGGUUUUCGUUUAGCCAAAAGACAAAAAGUCCAACAAACAUGUGAGCAAAUAUCUCAGUAUGUCAUCCCAUCGGAAAGGAAGCCAUCGGCAUAUCAUGGAACGACACAAGUAUACAUCGCUGGCAUAGAAUCAGCCAUUAAAGAUCGCUGGUUGGAGAGAUAUUUUGGAAAUUAUAUGGCAGUGGAGAAUGGUAAGCCCUCGAGUCCUCACAGUGAACUCAACUAAUUAUGUCCUACAUCCUGCAGACACGCGUUGUAUUCAGAAGCUUUUUCAUUAUGCAGAGGAGCAGUUAUGAUCUAUGUACUUUCCCAUUGUUUUAUAUCAGUAUCAAACUAAGCUCUAGUAUCAGCUGUUGAAAUUGGUGUGUUGUUGCUGAAAAGCACUUCUGUAUAUGAUCUGCUAUGCCGCUUUUAAUUUCAUACUUAUUAUCAUUUUUUACUUA